AUGCAGUUUGACUCUGGAUCUUCACGAGUCGUCCGACAUGGGAUCAGGAGUAAUGCGUCUCGGAUCAAGAUUUCGAGCUCAGCACGGCUGGCCUACAGUUCUAAUCUUCAGAUGUACGCCGUACCUCCUUCAGAAGAAAUUAGCAUCGAAGAAUUUGACGAUAUCGCAAUACAAAGAGUCAAAGCAUUGAAAGUUGUCGAAGACGUAAAGGAGCGGUACACAUGGGGCAGUAAUGACUUCAUGGUGGCUAUGACUCGAGAGCUGUCAAAGGUGAUGCCAAUUGCUGCAGGCACGUGCAUGGCUGCUGACGAAGUAGAAGCAAGAAGACGUGAUGUUAUUGGUCAUUUCAUACUUCGCCUAGCCUUCUGUCGCUCUUCUGAGUCAACGAAAUGGCUAGUGACUCAAGAAAUAGAUCUCUUCAGGUUCCGCUUCAUGAUCGAAUCUCGGUUUAAAAUAGCCAAGUUUUUGAAAGAAAAUAAUAUCAAUUUAGAUGUGGUAGAGAAAUCAGAACAUGAAGAGUUAAUGGUUGACUUGGCUGCAGGUUGCGGUAUCACGAUCGAUCGAGCAGUUGAAACCGACUUCUGGAAGGUGGACUUUACAUCAGCGUUAGAACUUGUCCGUCGUCGACGAGUUCUUGUUCGACGCGGUUACGCUUAUGUGCCGUUUGAAGAUCUAUCAGUGAUUACUUCUGCUAUGCUUCGUGCGAAUAUGACAACUGCAAUGGCGCGUGCUUUUAAGCACUUAGCAGUUGUCGAAGAAGAAAGCCGUCUUCUGCCACGGUUAGCUCGAUUAGCUAAUAACGCCUACAGUGGUAAACAAUAUGCUGGCAAAGAAAGUGAUGGAAAGGUCACCCGGCAAAUGAUUGACCAGUUGUGUGCAUCUUCGUUCCCACCAUGCAUGCGACAAAUCCAUCAUCGCCUAAGGGCCGACCAUCACUUGAGGCAUGGAGCAAGAAGGCAGUAUGGUCUUUUUCUGAAAGCUAUCGGUUUGUCUUUGGACGAAGCAAUGAUGUUUAUGAGGGAGGAGUUUACGAAAAAGAUUGAUUCUGACAAGUUUGAAAAACAAUACGCUUACAACAUCCGUCAUAUGUACGGGAAAGAAGGUCGAAGGGUAGAGUACCCUGCGUUCCCGUGUUCCACAAUCAUAUUGAGCAAUCCUCCAGCAGCCGGUGAUUGUCACGGUUGUCCAUUCAAACAUCUAGAUCACCAGCUACUUGCACAACGCCUCGAAAAGGAUGGGUUGAAUAGGGAUCAGAUCAGUCAGAUUGUAAACUACUCGAAAAUUAGUGCAUAUGACAAAGCUUGCACACGGUUUUUUGAAUACACUCACAAGAUGGAUGAAGGCGCUCUCGGUCAACUGAUAACUCAUCCAAAUAGCUACUACGAGUUGUCACAGGAGAUUCUCAGUGGUGCACGUUCGAAGAGCAAUCAUGUACAUCAGUCGCACAGUUCGUCGCAGGCAACUGUCAAGAAAGAAGAAGAUUUUUCUGACAACGAACAAUAA